ACGCUGCAGAGAAGCAGAAGAAGGAAAAAUGAAACUGUGAUGUUUUGUUGGUGAGAAAAGAGACGUUCUGUCAGUCCUGUUCUCAUCAGCAGACAUGGAGACUCUGUGGAGGGUUGUGUUGCUGUUGGUGGUGCUGGACUUCACUCUCGCUCAAAAUAACCCGACGUACGUGAAGAAAGGCUGGACACUGACGCUGGACCUGAGGCCUCCACUGGCGGACCGGAUCACCAGCAUCCUGUGGAAGUUAAACGGUUUUCCGAUGGCUGAGUUGGUGGAAACUCCUGCGGUUUCUCUGGAUUAUUAUUACCGCUUUGAAGGCCGAUCCACCCUGGACAUAACCACUGGACGUCUGGAGAUCAACAGCAUGACUACAACCGACUCUGGGAGGUACACAGUGGAGGUCAACAACAAGGUCCACAGUACGUGUUACGAUGUUAAGGUGAUUGAAGGAGUCCCCAAGCCCAUGGUGGUGGUGAAACCUCUGGCUUGUGGCCCAGAAUCAGAUCAGUGUAAGCUGACCUGUGUGGUAGAAAACCCAGAAGCUGAACCCGUCAGAUACAGCUGGAAGGGGGACGACGGAGACUGGACGGAGUCAGGAAAAGACUUGAUCAUCUCUAAGAGAAAUGACUCGAGUGUGAAGAACUUCACCUGCCGGGUCCAGAACCCAGUCAGCCUGAGAGACAGUGAACCCCAAGAGAAUCUGCUUUUCGAGGAGAAACCCGAACCCCAAAACAAUCCUCUUUUGGAGGGAAACCCUGCAGCCCCUAGACUCUGGGUCCUGGUUCUAGGGUCUGUGGUGAGAUCUUUGGCCAUCUUGGCCCUCUUGGUGGCUGUUGUCUACGUCGUGUGGCUGAACAGAGAGACGGUCAGUAAACUGAGGUGUCUGUGUCGCAGCAGAAAAGGUGAAGAAGAUGCAGCUUCAUAUGUUAAUGAUGAUUACCAGAAUCAAUUAUGAAGCAACAUUUCCUUUAUUGUAGCUUUUUUUUAAACAGCUUUGCAUGAAUUUGUGCUCAGUGCUGAAUGAUUUGAACCUUCUAUCAGAUCACUUCAGGCUUCUGUUUUGUGUUAUUUAGAAUGUUGAGGUGGAUUUUCUUUGGUUUUGCAUGAAUCAUUUAAAGCUUUUGUUGUUUUUCUCCUCAUGAAUCCAUCAAACAUGUUGUUCCUUCUUGUUUCCACAAACAUAAAGUCAACAGUAUUAUUAAUGAGAUGUUGCUGCAGAUGCUAAAUAUGAGAAAUAUAAUCAAAUGUUGCCUGUGAGUUUUAAUAUGCCAUCAUUUUUAUUGUGUGUACCACUGUCUUUACUUUUUAUAGAAUUGUAUGAACCUGUUUGAAAGUUGCCAAACACAUAAAAAGGAAAAAUAUUGUAAUAACUGCAAUUGUGUUGAUAUAUUGUUAUUAUUAAGAUGUUGGGAAACUUAUUAUGAACUGAACUCAUGAAUAAUAGAAGUGUUUCACUCAUUUUGUGUAAAAGAGGAAGUCUGUAACUUUCAUGGAAAGCAGAAGUGCAACAAACAACAUUUAAAACAGAAAAUUCUUGCUCCGUGCUGAAUGAUUUGAACCUUCUAUCAGAUCACUUCUGGCUUCUGUGUUGCUGUUAUUUUGAAUUUUGAGGUGGAUUUGUUUUGGUUUUUAUUCGA